UCGUUCGGUGACAGCUUGUGACACACUCCCUUUAUCGUUUACCAUGGUACUUUAUAUGUUGGGUCGGAAAUCUCACUUGGAAAACAACAGCGCUAUUUAAUAAUUAACCGUUUACGGUGUUAUAGCUACUUUGAUAGUCGUUGGCUGCUAAUAUGAGUUCACCUUUUAAAAAUAUAUAUUAUUAAGGAUAAAGUCUGAAUGUGUGAAAUAUAAAACCAACUUUACCUUAAUCCAGAAACAUGGAUGAUUUCAGGACGCGCUCCAGUGGGACACACAACACGCUGCUCGGAGAGACUUUCACACGGCAAACAAUUGCUAACCUGGCAAUUGGUGGACUCACAUCUUUGUUGGUCCUUGUAACUGUCAUCAGUUCGUUCGUCUUUCCUACACCUCCUCCAAUAGCUUUAAACAUCUUCUUUGUGGUCUGCAUCAUAAUGAUCUGCUCCUCUGUAUUGGUGCUGAUAUUCUGGUAUCGUCAAGGUGACCUGGAUCCAAAGUUCCGUGGUCUGAUUUAUUAUUCCACAGGUCUCGUUGUCCUUCUCUGUUUAUGUGCCAAUCUGUACUUCCAUGAUGUCGGCAGAUAAAAUUAUUCCAGCAGACCACUUUAAAUAAGCAAAUCUCACAAGAAUAAAAUGAUUUUACAAAUGUUUUGUUUGUUCAAAUCUUUUAGUUUUUUUUCAUUGAUAUUUAGACGAUGUACAUUUGUCAUUGUUGUAAUUUUCUAAAUAUCAAUGUUUAUGUGCUAAAUACUUUUUGUGCAUUAUUUUUUGACAUGCAAAUGUAGCCUAUUUCAAUGUUUGGUUGUAUUAAAUUAUAUUGUGAGUUUUGUUCUAUGAACAAUGCUGGUGCCAAAUAUCUAAAUCCUGUUAAUAAAUAAAAUCUAUGUGAAACUGAAGUUCUGUUUAAUGAGGGCUAUUUGUGACUAUUGUGAUGGGCCUGAGUUUGCAAAUGAGUUUUUAAGAAUUAAAAUAAAUAAGAAAAAACAUUGACCAAUUAAA